AUGUCUGUCAAGUACCGCCUCGCUCCUGAGCACCGGCUGCCCGCGGCCUCCGAUGAUGCAAUAGAAGCAACUCACUUUAUAAAAAAUAGCGAAGUUUGGUUCAAGGAACAUGCUGAUUACUCAAGCUGUUAUGUUAUGGGUCAAAGUGAUGGAGGUUUUAGUGGGGCUAUUAGGACAAAGUUUGAAUCUCUAUCGAUCGAUGAUGAUCCUGUUAUACCACUAGCUGUUAAUGAUUUGCUGUGGUACCACGCAUUGCCCGUUGGUGCUGCUCGGGACCAUGAAUUUUGCAAUCCAACGGUGGGUGGUGGAUCAAAGUUGAUGGAUAGAAUGAAGUUGAUAGAGUGGAGUGUGAUGGUAAUUUGA